CAGAAGCGGAGGCAGCAAACUGAGAGAGGCAGCAGGACUGGAGCCGCAGUCUCAGCUCCAUGCUUCAUCCUGGGCGCUUCUCCUCCUCCUCCUGCCCGCUCAAGACUACAUUGUGACAAUAUUUAUUUUUUAUUUCUAAUAUUAAGCCACAAAAAGUGGAGGGGGGGAGAAGGGGGGCCCGAGUCAUGGAGCUUUAUUGCCUGGAGUCGGACACAGCCGUGAGAGCGCAGCCUGACCCAAACAUCCUCUGUGAUGCCAGAGUGUUGCAAAGUUUAUUAACUAUCGAGGACAGGUUUUUACCUCAAUGCUCUUAUUUCCAGCGGGUCCAGAAGGAUAUUCAGCCUUACAUGAGACGAAUGGUUGCAGGUUGGAUGCACGAGGUGUGUGAAGAGGAGAAGAGUAAUGAAGACGUCUUUCCUUUAGCCAUUAAUUAUUUGGACAGAUUUUUAGCAGUGAUGUCCACAAGAAAGAGUUAUUUGCAGCUUCUGGGAGCUGUGUGCAUAUUCCUGGCCUCCAAGUUAAAGGACUUCAGGCCGCUAUCAGCAGAAAAACUUUGCAUGUACACAGACAACUCCAUCACACCACGGGAACUGCUGGACUGGGAGCUGGUCGUGCUGGGGAAGUUGAAGUGGAACAUGGCCUCGGUCAUCCCCAAUGAUUUUAUAGAGCACAUCAUCCGCAGGCUGCCCCUUCCCAAAGACAAGCUGGCGAUGGUCCGCAAACACACUCAGACAUUCAUUGCCCUCUGUGCCACAGAUGACCGCCUUGCCAUGAACCCUCCUUCCAUGAUUGCCACCGGCAGCAUGGGAGCUGCCGUCUGUGGCCUGCAGCUGGACCACGCUGACCAGAGGCUGAGUCGAGACAACCUGACAGACCUGCUGGCCAAGAUCACCAACACAGAGGUGGACUGUUUGAGGGCGUGCCAGGAGCAGAUAGAGCGCGUGCUGGCCACCAGCCUGCAGCAGGGCACGCAGUACCGGCAGGAGCCCGGCGUCAGGGCAGGCAACAAGGCGAGGGAGCAGCAAGACCAGUCCAGCACCCCCACAGAUGUACGUGAUGUCAACUUAUGAACUCCCAUCACCACCCGACUCGCACACACCACUCAUGCCGGUUUACCAAUGAACUAACGGGAGCGAGGGGGCAUGAGCUGCCAGUAUGUACGCCACACGAGCAAUGAUGGUGUGACAAUCUAUGAACUUUUAGAAAAUAAGAAAUUUCUAGUUUUUCUCCUUUUUUGCCCCAUUCAUACCCGGUCGGGUGUUUUUGUACUGUUCUA